AUGUCUCCACCCCGGCUCACCGGCGCCCUGCGCUCCUUCUCUACUGUGAGCAAGCACGAAGACUUCACUGAAGAAGUCUAUGAUCUGAAGGUAAGGCAAACCCAAAGCAAGUUACAUUAUAGACCAUAUCUGACUAACCUUUGUGAUGGGACACUAUCUCGUUAUCACAAUAUUAUUUUAGCGCUAGUCGGCUGUACCACCACCAAAACGCCAGUAUUUUUCCUUCAAAGCUGGUUUUCUGUCUUCUUUUUAAAUAGGGAGUCAAUUUGUUUUCAUCACUUUUAUGACCAUGACUGAUCAAAACUCGAUUUCUCAUUGCUCUCUCUUGAACCUCUGCAGAAGACAUUUGGUGAGAAAUAUGUUUGGAACAUCGAAUCGCAAUAAAAUCACAGUAUCGAUUCACAAUACAUAUCAUAUUGCACCUAAGUAUCGUGAUAUCGCAUCCUUGAGGUCCCUAGCAAUUCACAGCCAUGCUUUAUUAUAAGAGGGAGGUGGAGCUGAUUACACAUGUAUGUGAAUUAAGCUAAUUGAGGAGGAUGCUUUGGGCUGUUGUGAACACAUAGGCUACUUGUAGUGCUUUUUCACUCAAUUCCCUUCUUGAUCUCUCUUUCUCCAGCUCUCUCCCGUUUACCAUGAUACCUCUCUUUUCCUGUUAUCUUCUUUAAUCCGCUCUCUACUCUCUCUCCCUUUUCAAAAUAUAUUCUAAUCUUUGCCUCUCCCUCUAUUCCCCUAAUUUCUCCUCUCAUUCUGACUGGGGGCUUGUUAAGUUGUUGGUGUGUAUUGCGAUACUCUACUUAGGAGGAAAUUGGGCCUGGUCCUCAGACCACCACCUCUGGCCCUGUUCUCCCAGAGCUAAAUCCUCAACAGUGUGAAAACUGCUGCUUGAGGGACUAAUGAGGGUCGCUGGGAGAUUAUCAGAGCUCCAGUAAAAAUGCUUUAGUUUUAGAGGACACGGAAGUGCUGAUUGUAAUAAAGGCAUGGUGUUAAUACUGCUGCUGGCCCUCCUUGCACUGAACCCCCUGACCCGAUGAGCACUAAUACCCAAUGCUAAAGUAAAUUCUUAUUUCAAAGUCGCUCGCUAUGCAAGGAACUUAGCGAUGUCUUUUAGUUAUGAAAAGGGCUUAGAAUUACCCUCUGCUGCAUGUGAUAGAGAGGGAUAUGGAGAGAGAGGUCACUGUGUGCAUCCAAUAUCAGACUACAUAGUUUCAUGAUAAUUCUGUGUAACACUAUGCCCUUGCUGUCUGUUUGUCUCAUGUUAGACCAAGCGUCUAAAGAGGCAGGAGCUGUUCUCCAGAGAGGGCCUGACAUGGCAGAAGAUAGUCCAGUUCUUCACUCAGCAUCUGGAGAAGGCAGAGCAGCAGGCUGCAGCACAGGAGCUGAAGAGCAUCCUACAGGCUGCCAAACAGAUAGGUAAUCAACUCGCUGGCCUGGCUGGGAUACACUUUCAGUCAUACAGUACCAUUCUAAUGUUAUGUUAUCUGUGAGGGUGAAUAGGCAGUGUUUUCCCUAGGACUUUUCCCAGCAGUGGUGGCAAAGACAGUUGUUGUUUUGUAGAAUGACUGUGAGAAAGUCACUUCUGGUGACUUUUUAAAAGGACAUUCUACUCCAAAAUGAUUAAAUUAUGUUGACACCAUCUGAAAUAUAAUUUUCCCUUUAAAAGCAUUAUAACCUUUAGACCAGCUUAUGUAGCAUGGCGGCUUUAAAUAAACAGGCCGAAGCAUGGGGUUGCCCAUCCCAUGGGGUGCUGCUGCUAAAUUUAUAUAGGGGAAACACUGAUAAGUGAUAGGUAAUCAACUCAAUGGUCUGGCUAAUAUACAUUCUAAACCAGGGGUGUCAAACUCAUUUUGCCCCAGGGGCCGCAUUUGGUCUUCACCAAGGUCCGGAGGGCCACACUUAAAUGUAUUAUAUUUCCUCACCGUCAAAAUGUGCAAUAGUCCUCUAUAGUUUUUAGCCUCAAGACAAAGCACUGAGCCUCCCCUCCACUGUUGGGAUUCAACCUCCUAUGGAGAGCUUGCUCCACCAAAAGGAACCCCAUACAAGGUGUCAGAGCUUCCGCCGUCACCGCGGCGACCGGAUGUCCUGAUGUGACUUAUAAUUAGAUUAGAUGCAAAUCCCCCACAACUCCAGAAGUCGUACAGCGGUGCAACACAGGGCCCUCUCCUGCUGCUCUUAUUACUAUUCUGAUCCUGCCUGUUGGGGGACGGGUGAUCACACACACCCCUCCGUCCCCCUAAUCCCACUGCAUCCCUGAUAGAUACCACAGUGGCGUGCAGUGGAGAGUGGAUGCCCUCCAGGCGGAGCGCCUCUGUAGUGUACAGGAGGAGACUGAGGCCCUGAAGGACACAUGAGAAGGCAUCUCUGAGGCUCUCUCAAUGUCUUUCCUCGAUUCCUCACGUCCCCUUUAAUCACCUCCUCCUCCAAACGCAUUAGAGGAAAAGAUCCAAGGUUUCUCCCCUCUGACCUUCUCCUCCAACGUGUUUUGAGGAGGAGAGAGGACACAAGGAAUCGAGGGAAGACAAAUUGAGAACCAACCUGGGGUUCUAACAGCAGCUACAUGUAUGUGGAGGAUCAAGAGCUCAGGACAGCUAGUGGAGGCUGGCUGCCUGGGGGUGUCUCUCUGUCUAAAGGCUCAUGUGUUCCAGGCCAGGGUCAGUGUCUCUGAAAGAUCAAUUAUAUAGUGUAGAGCUUGAUGCAUGUUCCUUAGCUGAGGUGUUUUAGUAGAGAAUGCCAGGAUGUUGUCAGCAAAUAAGAGUACAUUCUAACAAUAGACACACAGUAGGUCCCUGAAAACAUGUUGUACAGUCAGGAUUUCUACUUUGAAAUGCUGUCUAAGAGCUCACCAAGAGAAGCAUUUUGGCCUACCUACCUCCUUGAAACCCUGUGAUAAAAGCUGAUUUUUAUGAAAAAGCCAAUUUUGUUCCAUUUAUUUGCUUUCUGAUCGCCACUACUCUUUUUUUUGUCCUCAUCAUUGAAAGGCCAGAGAGCCUUCAGUGAUAAUAAACACGUAUUUGGGAUAUUUUCUAAAUGUUCUUGACCAUGUAAUUUUGGUCCUUCUAAUGUGCCCUUAGCCUGUCUGGCUAACUAGAGUGUAGAGAGUAAAGUAAAGCUCUAGAACACACUGAGAAGGAAGAUGAAAAGCAUCCAUCGUGCCCUGACACACACAAUGGAGAGUGAGAUGCUUUUAGGCCAUUUUAAUUGGCUUAAAUCCUUUUCAUCCGUUUCCCUCUGCCUCUCUAAGUAUCACCCUUUAUCUGUCUCCCUCUCUUUUUCUCUCGCUCUCUUUUUCCCCUCUGUCUCCCUCUCUUCUCUUUUGGACAAUUAGUCCUCAUUCCCUUCAUUAAACAGAGCUCUCACUGAGCUACGGAGGGAGGAUACAUGUCUUUUAGAAAGUGCUCUUAUCCAUCUUUCAUUUCUCUGAGGAGCAGUGCUAGACAGUGCUAUCCUUUUACUGCUUGGAACAUACAGUUGAAACAGCAGUACAGCAAGAAAUAUCACAUUGCUGUAGCCACUAGCCAGCUAGAUAUCACUAAUGGUAAUAGUAGUGGUUGUGGGUUUUCUGAUAAUCACAAUGAUCAUCAGUGUCAGCAUAUGCCUCGGUUGAAGAGUGGGACUGGAGAAGCUGGGCUCAUAAUAAAUGAUGAUGAUGGUAUUUAGCAUCUAGCUAACUAAUUAUCUUGUUGUUUCUCCAUGUCUCUGGCAGUGGGGACAGAGCAUGGCCAGGACACCAUUGAGAGUGCUGCUGUCUUCCUGUUUGAGACUUUCCACAACAAGGACCAUGUGGGUCAUGAGGAGACCAGGGCCAUUAAGCAGAUGUUCGGCCCAUUCCCCUCCUCGGCAGCCGAUGCCUCCUGUGCUGCUGUGUCCCGGGCCGUGGCCCCUCUGGGAGAGUCCCAGGUGGGGGGAGUCUAAUUUUGUAUUUGGGGACAACUGUAAUACUAUGACUAUAUAUAGGCCUACUUAAAAUAAAAUAUAAAAAAGUUACUUUUUGGUUUAUACAUUUUCUUCCUAGUAUUUUAUUAUUCUACCAUCCAAUUUUUCUUAGAAUACAUUUAUUAUGCUGUACUAUUUAUUUAUUAUUUAUUGAUGUUUUACAGGUGGAGGAGUUUGUUCGUUCCCAGAGCGCCUGUCGCACCCCUCAGCGCGGCUCGGCCUUCGGACGCAAUAUCACCUUCUCCUAUGACUGCUACGCCCUGGACCCCCAGGAGGCCCUGCCCUGGGCCGGGGGCCCUGAGGAUGAGACCCCUGGUGGAGGCCUGGACUUCCACAGCUUCCUCAACAACCACCAAGGCCGCAGGGGUAAUGGGGGAGAGGUGGAUGGAGGCAGGCUAAGCCCGGGAGGGGCUCAGAGCUCUGGGGAUGGGACCAUCCUGAGGGGGGAGGUGGAGAAGUACAUGAACGGAGGCAACAUGAUUUCCUCCAGCCCUGAGGAACUGUGCACCUCCCUGUUUGAGAUGCUGGCUUCCACCAAGAGUGACGACGAGCUGCAGAACGAGGUGAGCAGCACCCUCUCACACCACCUUUACCCUUUUCACACUAUUGUGCCGAGCCAAACCUCACUGUUAUUCCUUGACCUUAGCCAGCUGGCCUCUGGGGUUUAAACGCCGGGUCAGACCACAUCCACUUUGGACCCCGUCUCCACUGCAGGUCAACCUUGGCCUUUAGCUUAGGGUGUUGUCUCAUGCUAUAGAUGAGCUUGGAGAGAUCUGGAGAGCUGACCUUAACCUUAUAGGAGAGGAGGAGGAUCUUACUGCUUCUCCAGGGAGGUCCCAUCCCAUAGGAAAGCUGCAGUAUGCCUGACAUACACAUCAGGAUAAAGGCUGCAGUAUUGUAUGCCACACAGAAGGAAGAAUAAGUGAAACAGUGUUCAGGUUCAAUGUUUAAGGUCUGAGAUUCUGUAUGGUUUUUAGAGGGUGGAAAGACCUUGGGUUUACUGUAUGUUGAAAGGAUUUCCGCAGUUACCAAUGAAUCAAGACUAGCUAGAAGAACUGGGCUAGAAUUACUGGGCAACAACAGGCAAUUAAGGCAGCACUUAGUCUGUGCUGAGCCAUGGUGUUAUUGAGACAUGUUGUUCACUUCUUCCACAAGACAAGAACACACUUACGAAGAGGGGGAGAGAGUGGGGGAGAUGCCAGGUUGUGACGGAGGAGAGGAAGGAAAGAUGGAUUGAUGAGGCUCUGGGUACUGCUCCCAUCUCUCUUAUACAGGUGCUUAAUUUAGAGUUGUUCGCUCGCUCUCCCUCUCUCCCUUGCAGCCCACAAAAACACAAGGUCGCCACACACCUUAAUUAAUAUAAUUUAUUAGUGGCUCUCUUCUGUUUGUUCUCCUCGACCCCCUCGGGUUAGAGUGCGCUCUGUAGGCCACAUGCUCUGUAGGCCACAUGCUCUGUAGGCCACAUGCUCUGUAGGCCACAUGCUCUGUAGGCCACAUGCUCUGUAGGCCACAUGCUCUGUAGGCCACAUGCUCUGUAGGCCACAUGCUCUGUAGGCCACAUGCUCUGUAGGCCACAUGCUCUGUAGGCCACAUGCUGAAACCUCUGGCUUUCACUUAUGAAUUAGACAAACAGUGCCUCGUUCUGUCCUCUUGAGUGUCUCUCUCUCUCUCUCCUCUACCUUUACUUUUCUCCACAGCAGACAGUGUAGGUUUUUACUAAUACCUGCUUCUACAUUCUCUUCUGAUGUUCUCCACGUAGUUGACAUUUGGAAGCCAACUCUCCUACUGACAUGUUUAGAUGUGGAGUGCCCUUUGUGUGUGUGCACUCCACGCACCUCCCUGCGCGUGACUCUAAAUUCAACAGCAAAGUUUAAAGGCUCUGUACUCUGUACCAUUACAUGUGACAGAGGAGAAACCCACCGCUUUUUAUUACCUCUCAUUUGUACCCCUGGAAUGAUGACAUUUGCUGCAAUAGCAGUGGCUUGAGAAAGAGAGGAGAAAGAAAGAAUACAAAGUAAUGUUUUUUCUAGCUUGAUUUUAAAGGUAUGUUUUUGGUGGUAGUGAAAAGAAGAGCUCUGCCUUCAUUAAAGCACAGGGACAUAGACUCUUGAUGAGUUAUAUUCAUUUUUUUGACUGCUGUAAGACAUACUGUGUGCUGCUUAUAUGGCAGUCUCAUUCAACAUUUGUAUUAUAACCAGUGAUCUAUGUGGACACUGAUAGUUUCCUGUCUUCCUGAAAGCUUGUUGUAGCCUAUGCCAUAGAGUUUUCUAGAACUCUCUAUGGUUCACAGUCACAGUUCACCUAAUGUCUCAGCCUCAUCCAGGCUUAAAGGUAAAAAAAAGCCUUCAGGGUGGUUAGCUCUGUGAGCUCCUUCCUUCUGAGGGGAAGACUGUCUCUCACUCCCAGCGGACUCCUCUGUCCUACUCACCUUCCCUUCCAGGCUGAGAGGAUCCAAUGAACUUCAAGGACAGAAUUCAUGAGUGCCCAUAAAAAAGAUUCUCUCUGGGCAGCAGGUGAAAAACAGACCAACAAUAACAACAAACAGUCCCAGGGUCAUUCCACCUCAAAAAGCACAAGCACAAGGAUUUCGACACCCACCAUCUCAGAUUGUUCUGAAAUCGUUUCUGUGGGAAGAAACUGAUAAGGUUAGCAUUCCUGCAACAUUAUUUUGUUGAAAUAUAAUUUGAUCUUUGUGAAGAUAAGCUAAUUGAUUGCACCCAAAUUGGACCUUUGAAAUGAUAGGAUUCAUAUAAUAUUCAGUAAAUAUAGUGCAUAACAUCUGAUUUGGACCCCAACAAAUUCUAACAAUGAGUAAGACAUGAGGAUUCCAAAGAAAUUGUAAAAAGCCACCCACAGACCCCACGCCAAACCCACCCUAACAAUGAAUAUAUAGUAUCAGUUCUCUAGGUCUGACAAGUAGUAUGGAGCUGUGGCUCUGUAUAUUGUUUCUUCAUCCUACGUAAUGUAUUCUCAGUGAAUUUGGUGAUGGUUUAUUUCCCCUGUUCAGAGAAAUUUGUCAUUGAAGUUGUUAGGUUUAUGUCCCAUCCUGCAUCCUGAUAUUACCAGGUUCUGACCACUAGAUGGUGCUGCUCCCCCCUCCCUCCCAAUGUUAAAGGGAUAGUUGACCCAAAUUACAAAAUAACAAAUUGGUCUAUGGAGAAGGUAUGACAGCAAUCCAUGCUUUGGUUUUGUUGUCCACUGUUUCAAAUGCUAACUUUGUGGCACAAAUCCAAUUCAAUGGUACCUAUAUUAGCAUUUUCACGCUUCAUGUCCAAGUCAUCCUAAAGUAUCAAGAAUUUGAUUGUGUAACUCAAUGUUACUUACUUAUAGAUGCUUUGGAUAUGAAGCGCGACAGUGCUGAUAUAAAUCAAAUCAAAUUUUAUUGGCCACAUGCGCCGAAUACAACAGGUGCAGACAUUACAGUGAAAUGCUUACUUACAGCCCUUAACCAACAGUGCAUUUAUUUUUUAUUAAAAAGUAAAAUAAAACAACAACUAGCGGGGGCACUGGCUAGUUGAGGUAGUUGAAGUAAUAUGUACAUGUGGGUAGAGUUAAAGUGACUAUGCAUAAAUAAUUAACAGAGUAGCAGCAGCGUAAAAAGAUGGGGUGGGGGGGCAGUGCAAAUAGUCCGGGUAGCCAUGAUUAGCUGUUCAGGAGUCUUAUGGCUUGGGGGUAGAAGCUGUUGAGAAGUCUUUUGGACCUAGACUUGGCACUCCGGUACCGCUUGCCGUGCGGUAGCAGAGAGAACAGUCUAUGACUAGGGUGGCUGGAGUCUUUGACAAUUUUGAGGGCCUUCCUCUGACACCGCCUGGUAUAGAGGUCCUGGAUGGCAGGAAGCUUGGCCCCAGUGAUGUACUGGGCCGUACGCACUACCCUCUGUAGUGCCUUGCGGUCGGAGGCCGAGCAGUUGACAUACCAGGCGGUGAUGCAACCAGUCAGGAUGCUCUCGAUGGUGCAGCUGUAUAAUUUUUUGAGGAUCUGAGGACCCAUGCCAAAUCUUUUCAGUCUCCUGAGGGGGAAUAGGCUUUGUCGUGCCCUCUUCACGACUGUCUUGGUGUGUUUGGACCAUUAUAGUUCGUUGGUGAUGUGGACACCAAGGAACUUGAUGCUCUCAACCUGUUCCACUACAGCCCCGUCGAUGAGAAUGGGGGCAUGCUCAGUCCUCUUUUUUUUUCCUGUAGUCCACAAUCAUCUCCUUUGUCUUGGUCACGUUGAGGGAGAGGUUGUUAUCCUGGCACCACACGGCCAGGUCUCUGACCACCUCCCUAUAGGCUGUCUCAUCGUUGUCGGUGAUCAGGCCUACCACUGUUGUGUCGUCAGCAAACUUAAUGAUGGUGUUGGAGUCGUUCCUCGCCAUGCAGUCAUGGGUGAACAGGGAGUACAGGAGGGGACUGAGCACGCACCCCUGAGGGGCCCCCGUGUUGAGGAUCAGUGUGGCAGAUGUGUUGUUACCUACCCUUACCACCUGGGGGCGGCCUGUCAGGAAGUCCAGGAUCCAGUUGCAGAGGGAGGUGUUUAGUCCCAGGAUCCUUAGCUUAGUGAUGAGCUUUGAGGGCACUAUGGUGUUGAAUGCUGAACUGUAGUCAAUGAAUAGCAUUCUCACGUAGGUGUUCCUCUUGUCCAGGUGGGAAAGGGCAGUGUGGAGUGCAAUAGAGAUUGCAUCAUCUGUUGGGGCGGUAUGCAAAUUGGAGUGGGUCUAGGGUUUCUGGGAUAAUGCUGUUGAUGUGAGCCAUGACCAGCCUUUCAAAGCACUUCAUGGCUACAGACGUCAGUGCUACGGGUCGGUAGUCAUUUAGGCAGGUUAUCUUAGUGUCCUUGGGCACGGGGACUAUGGUGGUCUGCUUGAAACAUGUUGGAAUUACAGACUCAGUCAGGGACCUGCUUAAAAGUCUUACUCACAUCGGCUACGGAGACCGUGAUCACAUAGUCAUCCGGAACAGCUGGUGCUCUCAUGCAUGCUUCAGUGUUGCUUGCCUCGAAGCGAGCAUAGAAGUGGUUUAGCUCGUCUGGUAGGCUUGUGUCACUGGGAAGCUUGCGGUUGUGCUUCCCUUUGUAGUCUGUAAUAGUUUUCAAGCCCUGCCACAUCCGACGAGCGUCAGAGCCGGUGUAGUACGAUUCAAUCUUAGUCCUGUAUUGACUCUUUGCCUGUUUGAUGGUUCGUUGGAGGGCAUAGCGGGAUUUCUUAUAAGCGCCCGGGUUAGAGUCCCGCUCCUUGAAAGCGGCAGCUCUACCCUUUAGCUCAGUGUGGAUGUUUCCUGUAAUCCAUGGCUUCCUUUUGGGGUAUGUACGUACGGUCACUGUGGGGACGACAUCAUCAAUGCUCUUAUUGAUGAAGCCAGUGACUGAUGUGGUGUACUCCUCAAUGCUAUCUAAAGAAUCCCGGAACAUGUUCCAGUCUGUGCUAGCAAAACAGUCCUGUAGCUUAGCAUCUGCGUCAUCUGACCACUUUUUUAUUAACCGAGUCACUGGUGCUUCCUGCUAUAGUUUUUGCUUAUAAGCAGGAAUCAGGAGGAUAGAGUUAUGGUCAGAUUUGCCAAAUGGAGGGCGAGGGAGAGCUUUGUUUUUGUCUCUGUGUGUGGAGUAAAGGUGGUCUAGAUUUUUUUUUUUUCCUCUGGUUGCAUAUUUAACAUGCUGGUAGAAAUUAGGUAGAAAAACGGAUUUAAGUUUCCCUGCAUUAAUGUCCCCGGCCACUAGGAGCGCUGCCUCUGGAUGAGCGUUUUCCUGUUGACUUAUGGCCUUAUACAGCUCAUUCAGUGCAAUCUUAAUGCCAGCAUUGGUUUGUGGUGGUAAAUAGACAGCUAUGAAAAAUAUAGAUGAAAACUCUCUUGGUAAAUAGUGUGGUCUACAGCUUAUCAUAAGAUACUCUACCUCAGGCGAGCAAAACCUUGAGACUUCCUUAGUAUUUGAUUAUGUGCACCAGCUGUUGUUUACAAAUAUACACAGACCGCCACCCCUUGUCUUACCGGAGUCAGCCGUUCUAUCCUGCCGAUGUAGCGUAUAGCCCGCUAGCUGUAUGUUAUCCAUGUCGUCGUUCAGCCACGACUCGGUGAAACAUAAGAUAUUACAGUUUUUAAUGUCCUGUUGGUAGGAUAACCGUAAUCUUAGGUCAUCCAAUUUAUUUUCCAAUGAUUGAAGAUUGGUUAAUAGGAUUGAUAUGAGUGGCAGUUUACUCGCUCGCCGUCGGAUCCUUACAAGGCACCCUGACCUACGUCCACGAUAUCUCAGUCUCUUCCUCAUGCGAAUGACAGGGAUUUGGGCCUUGUCGGGUGUCUGUAGGAUAUCCUUCGCGGGCCGCCUCGUUGAAGAAAAAUUAUUAGUCCAAUACGAGGUGAGUAAUCACUGUCCUGAUAUCCAGAAGCUCUUUUUGGUUAUAAGAGACGAUGGCAGAAACAUUAUGUACAAAAUAAAUUACAAAUAACGCGGAAAAAGCGGUCUGUGUAUAUUUGUAAACAACAGCUGGUGCACAAAAUCAAAUACUAAGGAAGUCUCGAGGUUUUGCUCGCCUGAGGUAGAGUAUCUUAUGAUAAGCUGUAGACCACACUAUUUACCAAGAGAGUUUUCAUCUAUAUUUUUCAUAGCUGUCUAUUUACCACCACAAACCAAUGCUGGCAUUAAGAUUGCACUGAAUGAGUUGUACAAGGCCAUAAAUCAACAGGAAAACGCUCAUCCAGAUGCAGCGCUCCUAGUGGCCGGGGACUUUAAUGCAGGGAAACUUAAAUCCGUUCUACCUAAUUUCUACCAGCAUGUUAAAUGUGCAACCAGAGGAAAAAAAAAAACUCUAGACCACCUUUACUCCACACACAGAGACGCAUACAAAGAUCUCCCUCGCCCUCCAUUUGGCAAAUCUGACCAUAACUCUAUCCUCCUGAUUCCUGCUUAUAAGCAAAAACUAAAGCAGGAAGCACCAGUGACUCGUUAAUAAAAAAAGUGGUCAGAUGACGCAGAUGCUAAGCUACAGGACUGUUUUGCUAGCACAGACUUGAACAUGUUCCGGGAUUCUUCAGACAGCAUUGAGGAGUACACCACAUCAGUCACUGGCUUCAUCAAUAAGUGCAUCGAUGAUGUCGUCCCCACAGUGACUGUACGUACAUACCCCAACCAGAAGCCAUGGAUUACAGGAAACAUCCGCACUGAGCUAAAGGGUAGAGCUGCCGCUUUCAAGGAACGGGACUCUAACCCGGACGCUUAUAAGAAAUCCCGCUAUGCCCUCCGACGAACCAUCAAACAGGCAAAGAGUCAAUACAGGACUAAGAUUGAAUCGUACUACACUGGCUCUGACGCUUGUCGGAUGUGGCAGGGCUUGAAAACUAUUACAGACUACAAAGGGAAGCACAGCCGCGAGCUGCCCAGUGACACAAGCCUACCAGACGAGCUAAACCACUUCUAUGCUCGCUUCGAAGCAAGCAACACUGAAGCAUGCAUGAGAGCACCAGCUGUUCCGGAUGACUAUGUGAUCACGCUCUCCGUAGCUGAUGUGAGUAAGACUUUUAAGCAGGUCAACAUUCACAAGACCGCAGGGCCAGACGGAUUACCAGGACGUGUACUCCGAGCAUGUGCUGACCAACUGGCAAGUGUCUUCACUGACAUUUUCAACAUGUCCCUGACUGAGUCUGUAAUACCAACAUGUUUCAAGCAGACCACCAUAGUCCCCGUGCCCAAGGACUCUUAAGAUUACCUGCCUAAAUGACUACCGACCCGUAGCACUGACGUCUGUAGCCAUGAAGUGCUUUGAAAGGCUGGUCAUGGCUCACAUCAACAGCAUUAUCCCAGAAACCCUAGACCCACUCCAAUUUGCAUACCGCCCCAACAGAUCCACAGAUGAUGCAAUCUCUAUUGCACUCCACACUGCCCUUUCCCACCUGGACAAGAGGAACACCUACGUGAGAAUGCUAUUCAUUGACUACAGCUCAGCAUUCAACACCAUAGUGCCCUCUAAGCUCAUCACUAAGCUAAGGAUCCUGGGACUUAACACCUCCCUCUGCAACUGGAUCCUGGACUUCCUGAUGGGCCGCCCCCAGGUGGUAAGGGUAGGUAACAACACAUCUGACACACUGAUCCUCAACACGGGGGCCCCUCAGGGGUGCGUGCUCAGUCCCCUCCUGUACUCUCUGUUCACUCAUGACUGCAUGGCCAGGCACGACUCCAACACCAUCAUUAAGUUUUCCGGCGACACAACAGUGGUAGGCCUGAUCACCGACAACGAUGAGACAGCCUAUAGGGAGGAGGUCAGAGACCUGGCCGUGUGGUGCCAGGACAACAACCUCUCCCUCAACGUGACCAAGACAAAGGAGAUGAUUGUGGACUACAGGAAAAAAAAGAGGACUGAACACGCCCCCAUUCUCAUCGACGGGGCUGUAGUGGAACAGGUUGAGAGCUUCAAGUUCCUUGGUGUCCACAUCACCAACGAACUAUCAUGGUCCAAACACACCAAGACAGUCGUGAAGAGGGCACGACAAAGCCUAUUCCCCCUCAGGAGACUGAAAAGAUUUGGCAUGGGUCCUCAGAUCCUCAAAAAAUUCUACAGCUGCACCAUCGAGAGCAUCCUGACUGGUUGCAUCACCGCCUGGUAUGGCAACUGCUUGGCCUCCGACCGCAAGGCACUACAGAGGGUAGUGCGUACGGCCCAGUACAUCACUGGGGCCAAGCUUCCUGCCAUCCAGGACCUCUAUACCAGGCGGUGUCAGAGGAAGACCCUCAAAAUUGUCAAAGACUCCAGCCACCCUAGUCAUAGACUGUUCUCUCUGCUACCGCACGGCAAGCGGUACCGGAGUGCCAAGUCUAGGUCCAAAAGACUUCUCAACAGCUUCUACCCCCAAGCCAUAAGACUCCUGAACAGCUAAUCAUGGCUACCCGGACUAUUUGCACUGCCCCCCCACCCCAUCCUUUUUACGCUGCUGCUACUCUGUUAAUUAUUUAUGCAUAGUCACUUUAACUCUACCCACAUGUACAUAUUACUUCAACUACCUCAACUAGCCGGUGCCCCCGCACAUUGACUCUGCACCGGUACCCCCCUGUAUAUAUAGCCUCCCUACUGUUAUUUUAUUUUACUUCUGCUCUUUUUUUCUCAACACUUUUUUUGUUGUUUUAUUUUUAAAAUAAAUGCACUGUUGGUUAAGGGCUGUAAGUAAGCAUUUCACUGUAAUGUCUGCACAUGUUGUAUUCGGCGCAUGUGACCAAUAAAAUUGGAUUUGAUUUGAAAAACACACAUAAUAGUACAAUUGGUUAGAGGGCUGUAAAAUGGCAGCCAUCUUCUCCGGCACAAUUCUAAUCAGGUACCGCCAUUCUAAUAUAGGUACCAUUGACUUGCGUUUUACAUUUACAUUUUAGUCAUUUAGCAGACGCUCUUAUCCAGAGCGACUUACAGUUAGUGAGUGCAUACAUUAUUUUUUAUAUUUUUCAUACUGGCUCCCCAUGGGAAUCGAACCCACAACCAUGGCGUUUGCAAUGCUUGCAAACACCGUUGCAAACGCCAUGCUCUACCAACUGAGCUACAUCCCUGCUGGCCAUUCCUUUCCCUACCCUGGACGACGCUGUGCCAAUUGUGCGCCGCCCCAUGGGUCUCCCGGUCGCGGCCGGCUACGACAGAGCCUGGAUUCGAACCAGGAUCUCUAGUGGCACAGCUAGCACUGCGAUGCAGUGCCUUAGACCACUGCGCCACUCGGGAGCCGUUGGAUUUGUUUCACAAAUGCUAAAAAGUUAGCAUUUGAAACAGUGGCCAGGUUAACAAAACCAAAUCAUGGGUUGCUGUCAUACCUUGUCCAUAAACUGCUUACAGGGUAAGGAAACCAAUAUGUAAUUUGAGUGAACUAUCCCUUUAACAUUGAGGGGAAGGGGGGUUCUUUAAAAAAAUCACUUAAUAGCAGUAACAGCAUCUAGUGGUCAGAACCUAGUAAUAUCAGGAUGUAGGAUAGGACAUAAACCUAACAACUUCAAUGACUAAUUUCUCUGAACAGAAAACUGAUACUACACUGAACAAAAAUAAAUGCAAGAUUUUACUAAGUCACAGUUCAUAUAAGGAAAUCAGUCAAUUAAAAUACAUUAAUUAGGCCCUAAUCUAUGGAUUUCACAUGACUGGGAAUACAGAUAUGCAUCUGUUGGUCACAGAUACCUUAAAAAAAAAAGGUAGGGGUGUGAAUCAGAAAACCAGUCCGUAUCUGGUGUGGCCACCAUUUGCCUCAUGCAGCUUGGCACAUCAGGUUGUUGCUUGUGGCCUUUGGAAUGUUGUACCACUCCUCUUCAAUGGCUGUGCGAAGUUGCUGGAUGUUGGUGGGAACUGGAACACGUCGAUCCAGAGCAUCCCAAACAUGCUCAAUGGGUAACAUGUCUGGUGAGUAUGCAGGCCAUGGAAGAACUAGGACAUUUUCAUCUUCCACGAAUUGUGUACAGAUCCUUGUGACAUGGGGCCGUGCAUUAUCAUGCUUAAACUUGAGGUGAUGGCGAUGGAUGAAUGGACCUCAGGAUCUCGUCACGGUAUCUCUGUACAUUCAAAUUGCCGUUGAUAAAAUGCAAUUGUGUUCAUUGUCUGUAGCUUAUGCCUGCCUAUACCAUAAACCCACUGCCACCAUGGGGCACUCUGUUCACAACGUUGACAUCAGCAAACCUGGAUCAAUGUGUAUAGUCAUUGUUUGGGUGCGUUUGGCGUGGGGGGUCCGUGAGUGGCUUUUGACCAUUUCUUUGGAUUACUCAUGACUUACUCAUUAUUAGAAAAAAGUUAGGGAUAUGAAUAUUUUAUAGAUUAAAUGGACAAUUUAGGUCCAAUCAGUCAGCUUAAUUUAUCAGAGAUCAAAUUAUAUUUAAACCAAAAUUAUCUUUUUCUAACUACAGAAAUGAUUUCAGAACAAUCUGAGAUUGUGGGUGUCAUUGCUUGCUGAAAUGACAUGGAAUGACCCUCAAGUCACUGAGAGGGAAAGGAUUUUGGAGGCAGAAAAUUAAACCAAGUCCCAGCACACAGAGAAACAAAGACAACCCUUCACAAAGUGGGGCGGCUGACCUGUCUCCUGACAUCAUCAAAGUGCGUCUGGCUCCCCUAGCGCGGUGGCUAACGAAGUCCCCAGAGAGGAUGUGGAAAAGCAAAAGAGCAAAGUCUCUCUUUCCAUCAGAUUAUCCAUCCAUCCAUUUAUCCAUCUGCAGACUGAAAAGCAUGAAUUGAAUAAUCUGUUUUGUAUUGUAUUUUAGCUUUAUUAUUUAUUACAAAACAUAAUGCAGGAUAAAAAAUUCUGAAUGGUCAAGAAUGCUCAUAUCUUCUAAUGUCAGUUACUAUGUUGGUUUUGAUGUUGUCUCUCAUUGAGUGCAGUUACAUGCACAUAAACAAUUUCCCUAAUAAUCCUGUUUACAUGGACACAUCUAAAAUCAGGCUACCUGAUGGGACUUAAAUAAAUGCUGAAAAUUGCCAUUCAAAAUAAACAUUCUACCACAGCGACCAUGUUCUUUUUGUGAAGCCUGAUUGAUUCUGUGUUCGGACAUAUAAAGUUUGUAUGUGAAAUCUAUUUCUAAGAUGCAUACAUACUUUCAGUUUUUACGAACUCACUUCACUCACGCAUUAGAGGGAGGCUUGCGUUACCGGUGCUGGCAAAUGCGCAGAUCAAAUACACCGCUGGAACUCCGAUUAAGCUGUUCACAUGUCCUAAUAAUUCAAAAGAUUGCUUAGAAAAGCAGGUGUUUUAUUUGGCGUAUGCGUACUUAGAUUUUGACCUUACGUCAAUUAAGAUAAGCACAGUAAAAUGUUUACAUGACUAUUGCCAUACUCUGCCUACUGACAUAAUCAGUUUAAUAUCGAAUUACACUGAGUGGACAAAACAUUAGGAACACCUUAAUAUUGAGUUGCACCCCCUUUUGCCCUCUAAACAGCAUAAAUUCGUCAGGGCAUGGAGUCUACAAAGUGUCGAAGGCAUUCCACAGGGAUGUUGGCCCAUGUUGACUCCAAUGCUUCCCACAGUUGUGUCAAGUUGGCUGGAUGUCCUUUGGGUGGUGGACCAUUCUUGAUACACAGGGGAAACUGUUGAGUGUGAAAAACCCAGCAGUGUUGUAGUUCUUGACAUACUCAAACCGGUGCGCCUGGCAUCUACUACCAUACCCUGUUCAAAGGCACUUCAAUCUUUUGUCUUUCCCGUCUCAAUUGUCUCGAGGCUUAAAAAUCUUUCUUUAACCUGUCUCCUCCCCUUCAUCUACACUGAUUUGAAGUGGAUUUAACAUGUGACAUCAAUAAGGGAUCAUAGCUUUCACCUGGAUUCAACGGGUCAGUCUAUAUAAUGGAAAGAGCAGGUGUCCCUAAUGUUUUGUACACAGUGUAUUAGUGUGCAUGUAAAGUUACUCAUUGUGUCUGAUGCACACUGCAUUUCCACCCCCUAUGGUUAAUACUGUAUGUUUCUCUCCUGUGCUAGCCAGCUCCUAGCUCAGUGAUCGCUCCCCUCCCAGUCAGGUUUACUGUUGUUUUUCUGUCCCCAGCCAGCUAAGUGCCAGGUGGCUGUGUUUGGGGGGCUUAAGCGGCAGAGCAUUAUUCUGUCCCAGGCCCAGACUUACUUUGGGCAUGGUAAUUACCAGGUGCUCAUUCUUGGCAGUGCAAGCGUGUGUUUGGAGGGGAGGAUGGAGGUUGAACCAUAGGAUGUGUUUGUUUACUACUUUAGGAUUCUUGGCUCAAGCACACCUGCUGUUGUCUCCCACUCGCUCUCUCUCAUCUCUCUCUCUCCGUCUCCCCCCUCCUCUCUCUCUCUCAUUUCUGUCUCUCUGUCUCCCCCCUCCUCUCUCUCUCUCUGCUCCUCGCUCUCUCUCUCUCUCCCCGUCUCCCCCCUCCUCUCUUUCUCUCUCUCUGCUCCCCUCUCUCUCUCUCUCUGCUCUCUCUCUCCUCCAGCUGUUUGAGCUGCUGGGCCCAGAGGGAUUUGAGAUGAUCUCUGUUCUCCUCCAGAAAAGGUCUUCCAUCGUGGACUCUCUCCUCUCCAUCCCUGCAGACAGGAUCAACUACCCACCA